CAUCCAUUCCAUUCCCACUUCUCAUCGCUCAUCGUGCUUACACUGAAAAUAAUCAAUAGAGAGCGAAACCCAACUCAAAUCACACAAAUCAUACUCAACAAAGUUGGGAGGGAAGAGAAUAAAUGAGUGACUACGUCAAUGAAUCACCACUUUGGGUUUGUCCAUCAUUCUUCAAAUUCAAACCCACCGAGGAAGAACUGAUCGCUCACUUGAAUCUUAAGACUAUGGAAAUGGAAUCCGAUCUCGAUUCUUGCAUUGCCCAGAUCGAUCAUUUCUGCGAAUGGCAGCCAUGGGAACUACCUCCUUUGUCUAAGAUGGAAUCGAAUAUGGAAUGGUGGUUCUUAUGUCGACCAAAUUAUAAGAACAGACAUAAUAACAGGUCAAACAGGACGACUAAAACAGGGUUCUGGAAAAAAACUGGUAAGGAACGCAAAACCAAAGGUUGUAAUGGAAGGAAGAGGAUUUUGGUCUUCCAUGAAGGCACUUCUCCUGGCAAACGGACUAAUUGGGUCCUCCAUGAGUAUUAUUCUCUUCAACCAGAUAUUGCCUUUUCUCUACAGAAACCUGCUUAUGUAAUUUGCCGAUUGAAGCUCAAAAAUCAUGAGAAUGGCCAAAAUGAAGAUGCUGAGAAGAGUCCAAGUAGUGAAAUUGAGAAUGAUGUUGAAAACUUAUUAGAAUCUACUACAACUACACCGGUAAAUUGUCAAGAUGAAGUAAAUAAUGAUAUAUCAUCUCUACAACAACAACAACUAUUCUCACUAGAAGAACUAUGCAAAGAACAACAACUAUUCUCACCGGAAGAACUAUGCAACGAGAUACCAAAAUUAAGCAGUGAUGACAUAAAAGAAAUUCUAAGCUUCUUAACGUUUGGAGAAACAACCAACAUUACUUAUAAUAGCUCAAACAUGAGAGAUUCAUCAAAGAAUUCAUAUUUGGAUAGUCAAGCUACCAAUGACACACACACGGUAGGAAUCGAAGAACGGGUAAAUCAUCACCGUUCGUUGGCCGUUGGAUAACUAAUCCAAUAGCUAAUGAUAUUCUCAUGUAGUACAUACUUAUAUUAGAUAUAUUUAUAUCUUUGUAUAGAUUUUUUUUUUUUUUUCAUUUUCUCUAUAUAAUAUAUGUAAACCUAGUUAUUAAGAUAUUAAGGAGAGACCACCUUAACCUAAAGUCCUAUGUCUAAAGCCAAUAUCCAUAAAAUCCUACAAUAAAAAGUCCUAUGUCUUGAGCAAUAUCCAUGAAAACCAACAAUCAAACAAAACAUUAGUGUUUAAGCUUGAACCAUAUAGCCAGCACUACUCGUUCUCGAUCAGCAAAGAGACUUAAGAAGCAAAGAAGGGGCUCAAAUCAUGAUGAUGAGCACCACUUGCAGCAUUCAGACAUCACCAAAUUGUGACUCGCAUCGAACAGGGUAUGUUUGUAAGAUCUAGCAAGAGAAAGGAGAUAUGUCAUAUGCACACACAAAUGGUUUAUGUCUUGGCAUAAGAAUUUCAAAAAUUUGAGCACAUCCAAACAUGGAGAGAUGAAACUUAUUGGAUUCACUUGUUAGCUCGAAAAAAAUCCCGUGUGCACGAAGGGUUUAGACAUCAAGUGAAGCUUCCAUUGUUCAUCAGAGUUUAGUGGAUGCAUUCCAAGAGGAAUUCAGCUGUCUAAAGUUGCCCCUCACAAGUAUUAUAGUUUAAGUUUCUAUCUACAAUUUAUAAAGGUGUUAAAACUCACCUCUCGAAUCAACUAGCCUCACCCCAUGAGUAGGGGGGCGCAUAAGAAGCAGCUAGAGUAACUCUACUCUGUCAUCGCAUAAGAAGCAGCUAGAGUAACUCUACUCUGUCAUCAAUAAACAAUCUGACAGCACAAAAACUAAAGCUAGAGGAUUGAAAAUAGAUGAGAAACCUUUUCUCUAAUGUAGAGGCCAGAGCAGCUACAAAACACAGUACUUGUUCUUUUUAAGAGCCUCGACUGGAGAAGAAAGCUCUACUGCAUUUUUUUUUUUUAAAAAAAUGUGAAUUGGAAUCAUCAAUGAUGAUAGUUUGUUCCUGAUUUUGUUUUUGUUGGGGUUAAUGGUGUGUUUUAUGUCAUUUCUAAGAGGGUAAUGGCCUGUUUUCGUUAUUAAUUAAUUAUCUAGAGUUUAGGAAGGGAUAUGAUUACUUACAUCCAUCCCACCUCGUUUUUGGAUUAAUGGUCGUAGAAUGUAUGUACUCUGUAUGUCGUUUGUAAUUUCAACUAGAAUGAUUUUCUUUUGACUGUUA